AUAUUGUAUUUUUGCUUCAUAAUUUCUUGCUCUGGAUUGUAAGCAUAGUGAAUAUGGGAAAAAAAGAAGGGUGAAAUUCUUUUACUUGAAUCCACUGUCUACUGAUGUGUCUCCUGGUGUCUUUUCUGAAGAUUUGCUUUUCUAUUCAGAAGCCAGCAAGUUCUCCCUGAUGCAUCCUCUUCUUCUUUCAGAUGCUGCGUGGAACAAUUGGGUAGAAAAUAACACUGAGUCCCACGUAGAAAACAUCACCUUGUAUCAGAAUCAAGAGGACAUUUCAACAGUGACCUUCAAAGGGGAUGUGUUGAGUCAGACCUCCGGGAAGAGCCACGCUGCUUCGGAUGCUCCAGAAAACCUCACUCUGUUCACUGAAACAGCAGAUGCGAGAGGAAGGAACGGCUCUUCAAGUAGAACAAACUUCACUAUUUCGCCUAUUGGGUACUCGCUGGAGAUAGCAACAGCUCUGACUUCCCAGAGCGGCGCCUUAGCUUCGGAAAGUCUUCACCUGCCAUCUAGCAGUUCAGAGUUCGAUGAAAGAGUUGCCCCUUUGCAAGCAAAGAGUGGAACAACCUCAGAGAUGGGAACAGAGAGGGCAAUGGGGCCAUCAGAAGAAGUGACUGUGCACAGCCAAGAGGCCACGACUUCAGCUUCGAGCCCGUCCUCUCUUCCUGCUUUGGAGAUGGGAGAACUGACCAUGCCUCCUCAGAAGAGAAAUUCCUCAGGACCAGAUCUCUCCUGGCUGCAUUUCUCCAGGACACUGGCUUCGUCUCCUCUCUCAGACCAUCUCUCAUGUGAGUGCCAGAUCCCCAGCUUAACACUUGGAAGUCACUCAAAGUAGACAUAAAUCAAUGUGCAUAGCCAGCUAGUUACAUACCCAUAAUAGAGGGUAAGGGGAAAAGACAUCAAGCCAAAAUGCCAUUCCUCUA